UAUAGGAAAUGCGUUUUUCUGAGGCACAUAAACUUUUGGGAUUGACUGUAUAGCCAAUACAUCCUUAACUUAUUUCUAAACUAAUUUAACUAAUAAACUGAACUAAUCCAACAUGAAACAAACGUAAAAUUAACUAACACAACUAAAUGUAAAAUGAAUACAAAAUAACUAGAUAAAAUGAUGCUCUGCUGAUGAUAUUAAUUCUACCUAAAUAUUCCCAGUCUACUCAAAUUCCUUCUUAGUGUUUCAUAUGAUUUAAUUUGAUUUCUCUGAUUUGAUAUCUGAAUUAUGCCUAGCAAUUUUUGGGUUGAAAUAUCGGCGUCUUCCCCCAGGGAUGAGCUGUUUUUGGGGGUGGGUGGGGUGGUUUUACGUUAAGACGGACGGCACACGUGCGCCACGCGAAUGGGUCGCAGCAGCUGCGCGUGCCUUGAAUAUUUAAGCCGCUUAAGGCACCCGUGCACAAUGCACGAAUCGCGAUAGGGCGCACAGUUGUCCCCGUGACCACCGAAUUGGGUUAAACACGGGGUCCAUAUUAAAUCGACGUUACCCCGCUUCCCUCUUCUUCUAUGCAAUUCGAUCACGUUUCCCCUGCUUCCCGUGCUAUUCGAAUACAAACGAAAGUAAUAGUCGAUCACGAUGAUAGUCGUUGUUGGUACUUCGUUCUAUAAAUAAAUGUAACUGAUAGAUAAACUCUUAAAAAGAUUUUUGCAGUGGGUAUUUCAUUUCAUAAAUGAACAUGAAUCCUGGAUGAACUAUGAAAGAGAUUACUAUCUAAAUCUGUCCAUCUAAAAUGAACUUUUUUAGCUAAUAUCAUAAAUUGUUUGAAGUAGGACGGAUAAUAUCAAAUGCAAAAACAGUCUACCUAUUGGAAAAAAUAUCUUUAUUCUUCACCUUCCACGUUUCACUAUUAAUGAACUUCCGGUUCCAGCUGCCAAUCGGUAGUCCAAGUUCAGGACUUGCGCAGUGUUGUCAUUUUAUUCUCAGCACGGCGGAAGUCCGGUUAUCGUGUAGUGCAAUCAAAUACGUAUUAAAGUCGGCUGUUGUUACACUACAUGAGAACUGGACUUCCACAAAUGUUGCCAUUUUAUUUUCAACAUGGCUAGGUAUCAAAAUAGGCUUUGCUACUGCAUAAACAUUAACCAUGAAUAUAAAAAUCUUUCAUUGCUUAACGUGUAUAGUUUACACCGGAAGUGCCCCGGCGAUGACGGUCAACCAAUCAGAAUCCUGUAGCUUUGUCCCAUCCCUUAUUUCAAAUCCAUUAUCCCUACCUCUAUCCAUGUAGAUCGCUGGCCAGAGCGACUCGUCCGAUCAUUCUGCGUUUAGUCAAAGGGCAGAACAGACGUAUCCGUCUGCUUACAAGUCAGAAUUGUUUGUACGUCAGUUUGAAGAAGAGUUGAGUUUGUACUUCAGUUCGAAGAAAAGUUGAGUUUGUACUUCAGUUUGAAGAAGAAUUGAGUUUGUACUUCAGUUCGAAGAAGAGUUGAGUUUGUACUUCAGAAGAAGAAUUGAGUUCGUACUUCAAUAAUUAAAAAAUUCAUACAAGAUGAAUAUAAACAAAGAAGAUAUGAACAUUGAAGUAGACAUGACCGGGUUCGUUGAACCUAGAAGAAGGAAGAAACGAAGUGCAGCUGACAAUCGUCCGAAAGUGGAAGUGAUCACUGGCGUGGUAGAUGAAAUGCAGUCAGAAUGGGCUUCGAAAUGGGAACCGACCGGCGAAGAUAGUGAACAAAGAGUGGUGACUGUACCCAAGGAUCGGUACAUUCCGUUGAAGGCUAAUUGGAUGAAGAUAUUUACUCCCAUCGUCGAGCAUAUGCAAUUGCAUAUAAGAUUCAAUAUGAAAGCACGAACCGUGGAACUGCGAAUGGCUCCCGAAACUCCUGACAUAAAGAACUUGCAGAAAGGAGCAGAUUUCGUUCAAGCGUUCAUCUAUGGAUUCGGAGUGGAAGACGCUAUGAAUCUGUUACGCUUUGACGAUUUAUUUAUGGAAACGUUCGAGAUUGAAGACGUGAAACGGUCUUUGAAAGGUGAUCACCUGUCCAGAGCGAUCGGGAGACUAGCUGGGAAGGAUGGAUUGACGAAGUUGGCUAUAGAAAAUUCAACUGUGACCAGCGUCGUGUUCGUCGAGAACAAAGUCCAUAUACUUGGCACGUUUGACAGUAUAGCGCUCGCAAGAAGGGCUAUAAGUAAUUUAAUUUUGGGUAGGAAACCUCCGUCGAAAGUGCACGGUCAAUUAAGAAACAUGGCGAGAAGACUCAACCGUUGAUUUUAAAAUGUACUCUCCUUGUUUAUAUUUUUUAUACGUUAUCCUUUAUGUAUCUUAUGUAAAUAAAUAUCUGUUGUUAGGCCCUUAUAUCAAGGUGCAGAAUUUGCGCAUGUAUUGGAUUUCAUUGCACACUACUGACAAUUACUCUUAUGUAAAAUUGUACAGAUACCAGAAUUUUUUAUUGUAUAACUUGCUUAAAAAUUAAAUUAAGGUCUUGUUAAACAUAGUAUUAUCAGUAAAUGUACCACCACUUGGCUGAAAAGCAUGAAACGGACGACUACUCUUAUCAUUAUUAAGACUACUUUGUAAUGGACGUUUUAUUUUCUAAAUGACAACGAAUAAUAGAUAACACAAUUAUGAUGUAAAUCGUGAACGUGUUUCAAAUUGAAACGGGUUAAGUACCUGCAGGAGCAUCAAGCUCGCCAAUGAAACCACCAAUCCUAUUAGCUUCUUCUUCCGAAACUUGGAGACCACUAAUAGGAAACUAAGCUCCGAGGAAUUAAAGUACUCGUGUCGAUUACCAUAAACGCCUGGAGAUGAGAGGUUUCGUGCUCCUCUCGCUCUACAUUCGAACCGAUCAACGAGCCUUCGGUCCUGGGCCACCGCAACUCUUGUUGGUUUAGCAUAAAUUUCGAUACAGUGUCCACUGUGAUAGUCUAUUCGUUAUGUAAAUUUAUGAAAUGGAAUACCAGUUGCAAAAAUUAUUGAUAGUUAAAUUUGAACUCAAUAGUAGUGCAGCGAUAAAAUAGAAGCUUGAAUUGAAAUUGAUGGACUAAUCAUUUAAACCCGGAAGUCGAUUAAGAAGUCCUUGCUGGCUCGCCGAGGGAGAUCAGAGGUUUUCUUUGACAGGUACGAGGUACAGUUCGUUCUCUCUCUGAAGGGAAACCGACACUUCAACCCCGACAACAAGUAGCUUCGAGGUAGCUUUAUCACGAUGGCCUCGAUAGAGACUCGGUAUACACCCGUUAGGAAGCGAACAAACGGCCAGCUUGUUAUGUUAAUCGAUCUAAACCCGUUCACCCAUCAAUGAGAGAACGCGGUUACGUAACAGGGUAUUCCAUUUUUAUGCAAAAUCUUUGUAAAUAUUCUUCAAUUGAAACUUUUUUUGUUUCAUCUCAAUAGUUUAAACUAGAUUAAUCAGAUUGUACGUGUACUAAGUGCUGAUUUUUAUAUCAAAUAAAACA